AUCUUGGUCGGAAACUCUAUGGUUUGACGCAAGAGACGCAAAGCUUUUGUUGCCCCCUCCUGAAAAAACAGGAAGUCUGUCUGCGGAUGUUGUUUGGGGAAUCUUUGCGGCCCGGGUUUUUUGAAAAUGACAGGGCGCAGAGCUGGAACAAGGGGAAACAGGACUUUAGUCGGGUAUAUUUUACCGAAAAAACAAGUACUAAGAGAUGAAGGAGCGGAGUCGCUGUCGGAGCCGGAAGAGGACGACAACGAGCCGGAGUUUUUAGACUUCAAGGAGAUGGUGCGCGUUUCAUCGGGAGGGCAGCUGAUCAAGUCAUCCAUUCCAGCGCGGAGAGAAGUUGAUUUUCAGGACUUGAAAUCUGAGUGGAAGUACAAGCUGGUUGGCCGGUUUUCUCUUUCUGACCCGUGGUGGGAGGUGACAGCUCCAGUGCAAGGAGGAGGAGGGCGGUCCAAGCUCUUCCUACAGGGGUUCCCUUCUUACAGCCUGCGGACCGACCUGGGGGACAACCCCAAAUCCGUUAUUGCGCUGUUCCUCAAGGAGUGUGGUGUGGUCGCGGAGCACGUCACGCAGUUUAUGGAAUGGGUCCCUGCGUCGAGCAGGCUGGAUUUUUCAAACUUGUACGACCUGUUGAAAGAUUUUGCUGAUGAAGAGUACAAUCACUCUGAUACUGUUGCGUCAGAUAUAAUCUCAAGGAUCAGUCUCUCAGAUGCAGGGAAAGCUGUACUGGUAGCCUCACAAUACCCACUGGUAAUGAGGUACGUGCCCACGCUCGUGCCACGUCAGUUUGAGAAUUUGUUAAAGAAGUACGAGGGGGUGCAGAGCGACGGCAGGGGCGAGGACGGCACAGGGACAUCUGUCCUGGACAAGCUGGAAGAGGUGCUCAGGAAAGAUGUUUGGAAGCUGGGGUUCAGUGUAAUGACCUUUAGGGAUCUUGGCCUAGUGCACUGCGAGGCUACCUUGGAGGCAUUCCGCCAGUGUGACUUGCUCCAGAAGAUCCCUGAGCUGCAGCACCACGCCCUGCUGCUGUACGAUGAGCUGAAGCGCUCCAGCAGGGAGUGGGGCCACACCUACAUCAGCGUGGAGAACCUCACCAGAGCCCUGAGGCACAUUCCCGCUGAGAAGACCUGGGAAUCCCUCGAGUUUCUGAAGGACGAAAAAGUGGUGGUGCAGGAGAGCAAGAGGGUCUUCCUCAGACACCUCUAUCAGUACGAGAAGGGGAUCGCCGAGUGCGUUGAGAAGCUGGCGAGGAUGCCCCCCUGGUGCAUUGACCUGGAUGUGAAACAGGUCCUCCGGGACGCCCAGAUUAAUAGGAUGGCCGUAAAGGCACAUAGGAAUGGAAACGAGAGCGGAUGCGAUGAUUUAACUGAGGAUGGUGCUGUGAAUACAGAUUCCGUCCAUUUGGAGCACAGCACUGUCAACGGUCCAGGGACCGACCCUGAAGACCAGUGUGAGGACAGCGACUGCAGUGUUGAACUGGAUCCCGAUCAGGUGAAAGCUGCCGAAAUGAUGUGUGCCAAUCCCGUAACCGUGAUCAGCGGGAAAGGAGGCUGCGGCAAGACCACCGUGGUCAGUCUGAUCUUCCAAGCGGCCGUGAAGAGUCUCCACAGAGAGGAGGAGGAGGAGGUGCAGAGAGCCUGCAAGGACUUUGAGAACGACCUGAGUGCCUCGGAAGACUGGGACACGUUCACACAGAACCCCAGCCAGCCUCAGGAGCAGAGCGCCCAGGACUCAGGCCCAAAGAAGCCUCUGGAGGUUCUCCUUACAGCCCCGACCGGGAGAGCUGCGUCCCUGCUCCAGAAACGGACGGGAUUCGAGGCGUACACGUUGCACCAGGUGCUAUGGAGUUACAUGAACGUGGAGAAGAAUGAAGAAGGCAACCCUUUGAACUGGAAGUUCAGUGCAGUGCGGAUAUUUGUGGUGGAUGAGGGCAGCUUGGUCUCUGUGCAGAUCCUUUACUCUGUGCUGAGCAUGCUGAUGAAGCACGCUCAGCUGAGAAAGCUAGUUAUUCUGGGUGAUGUAAGGCAGUUACCCAGCAUUGAGCCCGGUAACACUCUGGCUGACAUGUUCAACAGCCUUUAUGAAAUCAGAUGGGCCAUAGAAAUGAAAAAAAACCAUCGAGCCGAGUCGCAGGUCAUUGUGGAUAAUGCUGCAAGGAUUGCUGAUAACGGGUUGAAGGGCUGCUAUAAACCCCUUGAUUUCGAUGCAGUGCUGGCUGUGAGUGGGAGUGGCUCUGCUGUGUCAAUGCCCUCCCCAGACAAGAGGUUUAUUCUGCUAACCCUGACAGACAGCAGCUUUGAGCUUCAGGAUGCAAUCAAAUUACUUCUGGAGUCAGCCCCAGGACUAGAGGAUGAUAACUGUUCACAGUUCAUUGCAUUCAGAAGGAAGGAUUGUGAAUUAAUAAAUGAGCUUUGCUGCAAGCAUUACUCCAACCACUUAACCAAAAACCACAAAAAUAAGCAAGUAUUCCAGCCUCGUGACAAAGUUUGUUGCACAAAAAACGGAAACGUUUUGGAACGGACAAAAGAAAAAGAGCUCAACAUGAAAAUAGAUGAAAAGAGCAAGGAGUCUGUCCGGCUUUGUAACGGGGAAAUAUUCUUCAUUACGGAGGAUGAAGAAAAAGACAAGAAGCGAUACCUGACAUUAGAUGACAGAGAUGGGCGGCAGGUGUGCGUCUCCUUCAAAGAGUUGCAAAAAGAGUGCAGGCUGACUCAUGCCUGGGCCAGAACCAUCCACACUUUCCAGGGCUCUGAAGCCGAGACGGUGGUGUAUGUCCUCGGCCCUGCCGGUAGACAGAACUGGCAGCACGUGUACACAGCCGUGACCCGAGGGCGCAAACGAGUCUAUGUGGUCGCUCAGAAAAGCAACCUCAUCAAAACCGUCGAAUCCAAAAGCCCCAGACGCAACACCCGUCUGAAAGAGCUGAUCCGGGAGAGGAUGACCAGGGGCAGGAGGGAGGGGUGUGGCGAUCUGCUGAGCCAGGGACAGGGAUCCUCCACACAGACUGCCUCCCAGCUGCAGCCAAAGCCAGCCACAGGGCUCGGGGCCUGGUCUUACACACAGUCCACUCCUGAAGCACAUCCCAGAAACCAUGCUGGCAUGGCCUUCUCCGCUACCCCCCUGUUCCAAAGAAACGUCAGUGGGGAGAAGCAAGGAACAGACAUGGAGACUGGAGAUGCCGCUCUCUUAGAUGAUGUCACUUUUUCACAAGCGUACACCUGGUCCCCAAUGGACUCUCUAAACAUGUCUUCUUCACCUGCUGAAGAAGAGGAGCCCCUUCAAAUGAGCUCUCCGGAUUCUGAGGUUCGGGCCGGUGGUUCGGACCAGGGGAGCACUUCUGUGGAAACGGUGAACUGUGAAGGACUUGCUUCUUCAAGCUAUUCUUCUGGCAGUAAAAGGCAAAGCUGCUCCACUGACCAGCACGAGACUCCUACAAAGCAUCCCAAAGUCCUGUUAGUUGAAUCUCCCCUGGGCUGCUCCAAACUCCAGAGCCUGUCUCUAAAUAACCCUCGUCCGGCCACAGGAUCCAGACAGCUGUUCCAUCCCGCUCCCCUCUGAACAGCCCUCACCCAGCCACAGGACAGGACCCAGGCAGCUGUUCCAUCCCGCUCCCCUCUGAACAGCCCUCCCAGCCACAGGACAGGACCCAGGCAGCUGUUCCAUCCCGCUCCCCUCUGAACAGCCCUCACCCAGCCACAGGACAGGACCCAGGCAGCUGUUCCAUCCCGCUCCCCUCUGAACAGCCCUCACCCAGCCACAGGACAGGACCCAGACAGCUGUUCCAUCCCGCUCCCCUCUGAACAGCCCUCACCCAGCCACAGGACAGGACCCAGGCAGCUGUUCCAACCCGCUCCCUCACACUGACAAUCCCACAUGAGUGUUUUAUCACUUUAAGGAAUGUGCAGGAAUGUUGGAAUAAUGAAAGGCAUAUAUACUGUACUGUAAUACAGUACAAUACCGUCGGUUGGUGUUUCCGGUCUGAGUUAUAAUGAUAAAGCUCAGAGAUGAAGUUCAUCUUGAUCUACUUAUUUUGUUUCCCAGGUAACGUCACUGGAACCAUUUUCAGGAAUGAAGCAGCAGAUUUAAAAUGUAGCUUGAUAUUGGGUGAACAAAGCCCCUGCAUAUAUUAUAACUAAAGUAGUGGUUUAUUUCAGGCGUAAGGGCAACAAUUAUAACAUCAUUUUUUACACUGUGUAAGUUUCUGUAAACACGCUGUAAGUAUAAAUAUAUGUGAUAAUAGAAUUCAGUUUUGCACUACAAUGACGUGCCAAUUUGUAUAAUAAGAAAUAAACUAAUUUUAUACACCUUUAUACCAUUGUGUAUUUUAUUCCCCUCCCCAUACAAAGGUUUACAACUGUAGGAAUUCCCAGUUCUACACAGACGAUAAAUAUCAUGCUACCAAAGUAUUCCAUUUGUACAAAAAUACUUUACAGUCUGUAAUACUCGUUCAUUAAAAAUAAAGAUACAAUAUCUAAGGGACUUGAAUGAGAAACCGAUUGUUUUAAAAUGUUAUCUUCAAUUUUAUAUGGGUACCUAAUCAUUUUCAUUGGCAGUGCUGAAUUCCAGUUUAAUGUAAAACAACCGUAGAGAGAUAGAUAGACAGACACAAACACACGCUAUUAACAGCAGCCCUGUUCUUUUUGUCCUGUACAGUAGGUAAGGAGAAGAAUUAUUAGAAGGUGCAAGAGCAAGUUAGCUAUAUACAGUGCUGUGAAAAAGUAUUUGCCCCGUCUGAUUUUCUGCAUUUUUGCACAUUUUUCACAUUGUAUUUGGUCAGAUUUAUUUGUGGGUUGUAGUAUUAUAGUUUGGUGCUUCUUUCAUUUGUUUGGUGUGCAAGGUAAUCAAACAUGCAAUCUGCAGGUGUGAAAAAGUUAUUGCCCCCCCCACUAGUUAACUCAACCCAAUUAAAGGGAUAAC